CGAUAGUCACGCGGACCUCGACCAAGUAGUCUGCAUCUACCAACAUGGCUCAGACCGGAAGUUAAUGACUUCAAGCACUGAUACCACGUUUUGGUUUGGCUGCCCCUAACUUUCUUCCAACCAUCCCCAACACUAGUUAGCAUUGCGCAUCGUGGUAAUCGGUGUUCAGGCAUACGUAACAUGUGACCCAACCAUCUCAGUCGAUGAAGACUCACAACCUCAUCAACUGAUUUACCAUCAUUCCCUAAUACCCAGUGUCUAACCUCACUAUUACUUACCCGUUGAUGCCAGCAGAUGUGAGCAAUAUUUGUAAGACAUCUGUGAUCAAAUACUAGUAGAUUACGAGUAGUUUCUACUCUUAAUGGCCACGUUUCGCAGAUGUAGAGUAAAACAGAAUGAACUGCCGCAUAAUAUACUUGUCUCUUAAUUGAUAUACGAAUAUCUCGCCCUCGCAAUAGGUGACGUAAGUUAGCAGAAACCAGACGAGCUUUUCGAAUCCAUGCAGAGAUUUCGUCAGACACCAACCCAUUAUGGCUGAUCAGACUUCCAAGAUAAGUGAAGUUGUCGACACUUUCGACAUCAUGUGAUAAAUUAGCCUGCCUAGUGUUGUGGUCAGUUUGUUAGUAUUAAGUCUACUAUAUUGUACGAAACGGGGAAAAUAACUGUACACUUAACCUCUGAUUGCAACACCCUGAUUUUUAUAAAAGCUUCGGCAACUGAAUUCGCCACGAUUGAUUUCAAUAACAAGUAAGACAAUCUGAUGAUGCACAAGUGCAACCUUGAAAUUUCGGGUUUCAAAGAACAUAUUGUCCCGUAAUGCUUCAAAGUCUUUCACGUAUUGGGGAUACAUUUGCACGACUACCUUUCUUAUUUUUUGUCGAAUUAGUAGCAACAAAACGCGUUACUUUUCUUUAUGAUUACUGGAAACUCUAUUCCAAUUGGAUAACAUCGACCUGUCCUUCUUGUUUGUGUCCAGAUGAAUCUCAUAUCAGCUUCAUUAUCUCAGUCGCUUUCAUCAUUUGUGCAGUCACCUCAGUUAUUUACAUUAAAGGCAUUUUCACUGUUGUAUUUAUUGUAAUAAAUCUCUUUCUUGUUUGUAUAAUGUUUACGAAUUAUAUGUCUUUAUUGUACACUAUCACGUUACCGACAUUUCCACCCGCUUUGUCUUCUUUCUCUACUUAUUUUUCCUCGUCGUCGUCUUCUUCCUCACUGUCAUUACUUAUACGAUGGCAUUGUAUAUUGGGCUGUUUAUUACUCUCUACUUCACUUUUGUUUAUGCUAAUAAAUUCAAUAUUCAGGCGUAUACCACCUUAUAAAUAUUUUAUAAUUAUAAUUCUUUAUAUCUCUGUACUAUUUAUCUCUUCAUUGCCAAUUAUUAUUAAGUCCUCAUCAAUAGAAUUGACGAGAUCCGAUCAUGAGAAAUCAUUGAGAAUGAUGAUGAUAACAACAACGACAACAGCAAAUGAUAAGCAUUCAUUUCAUACAAAUGUCAUCUAUGGAUUAAAUAAUUUUUCAUCAACGUGGUUAUUCUAUGUCUAUACAAUGGUUAAACCGAAUUGUUGUGUCAAGCAAUCUAAUGUAAAUAGUAAUUGGCAAUCUCUUUGUCUGCCUACAAAUAUUCAUUUGUUUUCAUCAAAUGAGAAUAUUGUUCAUGAUGUAACUAUUGUUUCUGAAGCAGCUUAUCGAUAUGAUAUAAUCUUACUAACUUGUUCUUAUGGUUUAUUGUGUAUUUAUAUACUACUUCUAUUGUAUUGUUUAAGCAUUACUGAUAUUUAUGAGAUCUUUAUGUCAUGUGUUAAUAUAGAGCUGGAAUUAUAUCGACUUGGUCUAGUUGAUUAUAUCACAUUUCAUUGGAAUCGAUUAGAUGUACCACAAACUUUAAUGUACUUUUGGUCAUUCAAACUAAUGUCAGUGAUUAUUUUGGGUCCAGUAUGCUGGGAAAUUAUUCCAACUGGUGAUGUUAAUGUUGAUGAGAUAUCAGCGAAACUAUUCAAUUCUUCUACAUUGAAUGAAUAUUCUAAUCUGGAUACUGCUAAUCAAUCAACAUUAUCUAUACUAUACACAAGAUUAUUUGUUGGUCUUUUUGUACAUGGAUCAGAAACCUGGUUGUCAGUGUGUGGAGCAGCUGCAUUUUUCGGUGCAUUAGCUACUAUUUUCGUUUCUAUAUUGGUCUUUUUAUUGGAUCCAUCCCGUACUGGGACAGCUCGAUUAGCAGUGGUAGCUGCAGAAGCUCCAGCUGAUCCGCAUACAUGGAAUGUAAUUGAUGAUCCAGCGUUAGCUUUAGAUCAAAAUGAUGUUAUUGCUAUGGAAUUACUAGCUAGUACAGGAUGGAAUUGUGCUGUUGUCUUUUUGUUCUUAGCUUUCCAAUCAGAUAUGCCUAAUCUCCCACCAGUUUAUCGUGCAUCAUGUUCUAUGUAUGGAAUUAUGGUUCUUGUGAUUGCGUGUAUCCAUCCUAUUCAAGCAUUGAUCAAGUCAUUCUUAUUACGUCUUGGGGCACCUGGUCAACAAACAAAUUGGUCCGAACAUGUACGACCAUUGUGUUUUUGUGUUGUGCUAAUUUUUGCAGCUUUCAAUAUGUUCACUUGUUUACCAAGAAUAUUAACAAAUGACAAACUGGAUUAUAUUCGUAAUAUGAAUCACAGUGAAAAUGCAUCCUAUUUAGCUGUUUUAUCACAUAUUGGCUCAUCGGAAGAAGCAAUACUUGCGAGACGACUAAGAAUAUUUCUAAGCGGUUGUCAAUUAUUAAUUAGCCUUGUAGUUACACUAAUUGAAUAUGCUAUUUAUCAAUACUCUUAUCGAUAUCCUAAUUGGACAGGAUUUCAACCAACAAUAUUUUGGACAAAAGUGAUUAGUUCAGUAAUUGAUUAUUUUAUUUCAUUAUUAUCAUUUCUAACAGUCUGUUGGUUAGUAUUCUAUGAUUCUUUUGGAGUGUGCCGUUUGUUUAUUAUUUGUUGUUAUUUCUCCUUAGUUUUAUAUCCAUCAGCGCGUAGAGCAUAUAUAUGGAUAAAAUGGCGAUUAUUAUGCACUAAACGUAUGAAUGAUUUAGUUAAUCCUAGUAAAAUACAAUUAGAACGGUAUGGUGAUACAUGUCCAAUAUGUUUUGCUGAAAUGACUAUAACUACAGCAAAAAUUACUAGAUGUGGUCAUCUUUAUCAUUCUGAAUGUCUUAUACAGUGGAUGAAACAUAAAUUAACAUGUCCUAUAUGUCAGUCAGAUUUAUUGUCGACUAGAGUGACUAAUAAACGACGAGAAGUUACAAGUGCUCGUAUGCAAGAGACUAUAGUAGGUGAACAAAAUUAAAUAAGUUUAAAAGAAAUUAUUCAGAAUUUUUGACUUUAUUUAUUAUUAUUACUAUUACUACCAAUACUACUACUAUUACCAUCAUCAUCAUCAUCAUCCUUUUCACUGUCUAACCAUUCGAUAUUAAACAAAAGUCAAACAAGAAAUCACCUUUCAAUCUUGUAAAUGCAAAUUGUUAUUACUCUGUGCCUUCAAUUGUACACUCGUCAUUAUUAUUUGUCAAAGAUGUUUGUAAAAUGGAGGCGCGUAUAAAUUCAUAAUGUCUAUGUGAAGCCGCUUUUUUGUUUAUUUUUGUUUUUUGUGUGUAUGUACGUGACUUAUUAUCAUGCAUAGUACAUAAAGAGAAGAUUUACAAUAAAUUAUUGACAUAUAAUAUUGUCUAUUUUUUCAGAGAAAUAAUAAAGUUAGUUUCGGUGUGAUUC